AGUUUCUGGAUGAGGUGGGGGACGGGCCCCUUACAGAUGACCUGCUGCAAUGUCUGGCUGAGGAGCUGAUCUCAUUGGAUGAGAAAGAUGGAUUCACAGGUCCGUGUCCUGAAAACCUGGAAAUGAGCAAAGAGGAGUCUGAAAGAGAAGACAAUCCUGUAUUGGGGAGAAAUGCAUAUCCUGAGGUUACUUCUGUAGACAAUGCAGCUCUGCUUAGCUUUGGGUUGGUUGUAAAUGACACCAUCUCAUGGACAAAGGGUGAAGUACUUGGCAGGGGAGCCUAUGGGACGGUGUACUGUGGCCUGACCGGCCAGGGCCAACUGAUAGCUGUGAAGCAGGUGAGCUUAGACGCCUCUGACCCGGAGUCUGCAAAGAGGGAGUACGGUCGUCUGCAGGGGGAAGUGGAGCUCCUUAAAACCCUUAGACACACCAACAUUGUGGGCUUCUUGGGGACCUCGCUCUAUCAGCAUGUGGUUUCUAUCUUCAUGGAGUACAUCCCCGGAGGAUCCAUUGCUAGCAUCCUCCACAGAUUUGGUCCUCUGCCCGAGCGUGUUCUAGCCCUGUACACCCAUCAGAUCCUGGAUGGAGUGGCCUACCUCCACCUGAAUAGGGUGAUUCAUCGUGACCUGAAAGGAAACAAUGUCAUGCUGAUGCCCACUGGUGUCAUCAAGCUCAUAGACUUUGGCUGUGCACGCCGCCUCAGCUGCCUAAACCACACGGCAAGCAACAGUGGAGAUCUGCUCAAGUCUGUCCACGGCACACCUUACUGGAUGGCACCAGAGGUUAUAAAUGAGACCGGAUAUGGCAGAAAAUCAGAUAUAUGGAGUGUGGGUUGCACAGUGUUUGAGAUGGCCACUGGGAAACCACCACUGGCACACAUGGACAAGAUGGCUGCUUUGUUCUACAUUGGGGCUAAAAGAGGGUUGAUGCCCUCCCUACCGGACACAUUCUCAGAUAGUGCCAAGGACUUUGUAAAAAUCUGCUUGACAAGUGACCAGAGACUACGGCCAUCUGUGGGGCAGCUGCUGAAGCACGCAUUCAUCCCCAAUCAUGAGACUACAGUGAACUCCUGGGAAACACAGAAAAAGAUCUGUUGCAAUCACCCAGAUGGACUGUGCGGUUAACGGAAGUUACGCCAUGAGGGACUCAGCUCAAAGUGACAUUUAACGUCUUAAUCUAGACCGGUGACGGAAAAGUGACCCUUUGUGACUGACUUUCUGUAACCUCACUCCCUAGUGAUACAGUAGUGCCUGUUGAGGGAGCACGCAGCACUGAGCUCAUGUCCAAGACACUUCUGAACUCAACAUGUAGUAAAUCAAGUGUGAAAAAAAAUUAAUAUGAGAAGCACUUUAAUAUAUUUCAC